CUCCACAGAUGGUCGAUUGUGAAUGUCUCUGGGCUUUUAUUGCUUAAUCGGUUUAUUAAAGCGCCCCAUUCAUUGUCGUCUGCUGUAAAGAUAUUUCAUAACCCGUCAGAUAAUUACGAUUUUAUUUGGAAACUUCUUUAUCGGUGCCAGUGAGGCAAGGAGAAAUCGAUAAUAUAUGACUAUUUCACCCUCUCUCGCGCGGUCGAUAGCAGGAAAUUUUAUCGUCUGCUAACAUUAUUUAUGGAUGAGUCAUCUUCGUUAUCGACGCAGCGACAGACGAUCUCACUUCGUUACCAUAGCACCCGGUGAAAUGUAAUUAUCCACGCCGAAUCAAUGUUGUUUUUACUCGAAAACGCUCCGAAGUCCUAACUCCCGGUGGAAGAUAGCUGUACCAUGGAGGUGAUGGAAAUCAACGACGUUGAUGGAAAUGAAAGUGACGAUGUGACAGUUGUCGAGGAAACAUCAGAAUCAAGUGGCAGCGGCAGUGAAAAUGCAAAAGUUUUGCCAACGCUUGCGCCAAAACCACAUCCGGUCAUGCUUAGACGUUCAGUUGCUGGUCAAAAACUACUGCCUGGUCGAUACUUGACCGGCUCGAAUCAUCCAAGUUUCAUCAACGCGUGGCGUAUGCUAAAAAAACAGGAGCAGCUAAAAAGAGGACCCAAAGAAAAAGAUACAUUCCGAAGAGCAAUGUAUUGCCUUCCGGAUAAGUACGCCAAACUUCCGAAGUUCUCGUCCGCUGACGCAGGAGAAAAAGCACUCGUCCAAGAGCACCAGGAUUUGGGAUUCGGCUACCCAGCCCAAGAUUAUGAUUCCAAUCAAAUUCCCAGGAAAACGGAGCUCUGUCUCUCUCUGUCAACCCAAGAAUUUGAAAAGUUUCUCUGUGAAGAGCUAUAUCCAAACUUAAAAGGAAAAAAGUUUGAUAUAUUUCGAAUAGACAAGCAGAGACGUUUGAUCCGCCUCGCUAAGUACACUCCCCGGGCUAUCAAGGAUUCCAAGUAUCAAGGCAGUCUCAUAAUCAUACCAUAUGUGAAUGAAGAGGACCGCCCCCCACAAGUUCUCUAUCGGUGUGGGGAGGAGUACUUCAUGCACCAAGUCACAUCCACAACAAGUCCCCAUAACCAAAUUCCACUUAUCGGAACUCCUCCAGAUUUACCCAUAUCCAUCAGUGAAGGCAGCAUAGAUGGGACGUCACCAUCGUUCAGCCCGGCGUCUUCCCACAGCAUUCAAGCGUCGUCACCCAAACAUCUUUUAAUUCCAAAGGAGUCCUCAUCACCUCCCCCUGUAAUGCAACAACAGGUCAUACUGGAUUUGACGAAUACAGUAAUCAAAUGCGAGACAGAAUCUAUUCCAAGUGAGACGAUUUCUCGGAGUAACUCAACUGAUGAUAUGAAAGCUAAAUGCAAGAUAUUUGAAAUAUCCAAGUUUCUCAGAAUGCAAAUCCAGGACAAAUCGCUAAUUCACAUCAGACGAUCCAACGUACUGUUUGACGUCUUGAAACUUUACCAGGAAAAUUCAGCAAUGAUCCAGAACGAUUUUACUGUCUGCUUCGAGGAACAUUCGCAUGAUGAUGACGUAGGUCACGUUCCCCUCUCACCGCAUGCGUUGUUUGUGCAAUUCUGGCGGGAAGCGUUUGAACACUUUUUUGCAGGAAAUCAAGAGUCGGUACCAAUAGUAGAUGUAUCCACAGAACCUGAGUUUUUUAAGACACUCGGACAAAUUCUUUAUCACGGACUUAUUCUUUUGGACUACUGGCCUGUAAAACUGUCACAAGCCUGCGCGUGCAUUAUGAUCCUAAACACAUGUUCAGACAGACAACUGCUGACGUCACUCCAUCGAACUAUGUCCGACCAGGAGAGGUCUGUUAUCACCGACGCAAAAAGAGAAAUCAGGUCCGGAUGUUCAGAAUUUUCCAUGUUAACUACAAAAAGUCUAUAUCAAGUCCUCCGUCUAUACGGCAAUACGCAAAGGCCGCGUCCCGGAAACCUGGAGCAGCUCCUGCGGCAGAUAUCAAACUUUCAUUUGAAGCAGAAGUCGUACUGGGCGUUAUAUGAAAUGAGAAGCGGACUACAGUCAACUGUAUCAGACUUCCUCAGUCACCUGGAGGAACAAGACAUAUUUACCUUCUAUUCUCUUCUCACCCCAAAUGCCCUGUCAUUGUUUGAAAAAACAAUCUACAUGUUCUCAGCGACGGACAACAGCAUUAACGAAAUGGAAGAAAAACGAGUUAAAAUGUACUUUGAGAACUUUGUGAUGAAACUCAAUUGUGAAACACUUUCUGCCCUUCUUGUCAAAUGGAGUUAUUCGGAUUGUCUCUGUGUGGAUCAUUUGUACGUGCGAUUCUUGCCUAACUCGAUUUCAGACAGACCUCAUUUUGAUCCAAACAAGACAACACUGGCGUUAUCGUCUGUGUAUACGUCACAGGAAGAACUGCAUCAGUUGAUGAUGUCAGAGCUGGAGUCGUAAUGUAUGUACAUGUAGCGGAUGUUACAAUUUUCUCGUUUGUAUUUUUUGUGUUCAUUUAAUUAUCACUGGCAAUUAAAUUUUUUGAGAUGAA